AUGUCUCGCACGACGCCGUCGAGCCCUCUCUCGCGCGCGACGCCGCCGCGCUCACCCACGGCCGGCGGGACACCGAGCCGCCUGGCCGUCGCGCCGCCCUCGCCGUCCACCCCGCAGUGCGCGAUCCCGGCCUCGCCGCACACUCCAGGGAGGGCGAGGGCCGCCGGUGGCGCGCCGGCCACGCCGCGCCCGGAGAUCACGCUCCGGCCGCCGGCGUCCCAGGCGCAGCAGAAGCGCGCGCCCUCCGCCGCGGCUCGGAAGCCGUCGCGGACGCUCCGGGCCAUCCGCGCGCUGCUCCGGUCGCUCCCGUUCGUCGCGCCCGCGGCGUGCCGGCCGGCAUCCGCGCUCCCGCGGCGGUACAACAAGCCGCACGACGGGCACGCCGGCGGCGGGACGCGCGUGACGGGGACGUUCUACGGCCACCGGCGCGCGCGCAUAGCCCUCGCUGUCCAGGAGCGCCCCGGCAGCCUCCCGUCCCUCGUGCUCGAGCUCGGCGUGCCGACGGCGAAGCUCAUGCAGGAGAUCUCCACGGGCGGGCACGUCCGCAUCGCCCUCGAGUGCGAGAAGAAGCCCAAGAAGUCGUCGCCGCCGGAGCAGGCCAACGCGAGCCUCCUGGAGGAGCCCAUGUGGACGGCGUUCGUGAACGGGCGGCGCGUGGGGUACGCGGUGAGGCGGGAGGCCUCGGAGGGCGACCUCGCCGUGAUGCAGCUGCUGAGCACGGUGUCCGUCGGCGCCGGCGUGCUGCCGGGGGACGUGCUGGUGGAGCCGGCCGGGGCGGACGGGGACGGCGAGGUGACGUACAUGCGCGCGGGGUUCGACAGGGUCGCCGGGAGCAAGGACUCGGAGUCGUUUUACAUGGUCAACCCCGACGGGGUCGCCGGCGCCGGCGCCGGCGGCGGGACGGAGCUGAGCAUAUUCUUCGUCAGAGUGUAGCGCGGGUGAUCGAUCAUUCGGCGGGAAUAUUAAUUGCAACACAAACGUUUGAUCACAAAGUGUUUUAACCGCGAAUGUAUUAGAACUGUUAUUGUGUUCUGGAGUCGCGGUGCCACAAUCAUUAGUGUGUUUCAUUGUCUUCCGAUUGGAAAUGUACGGACGAGUUCAGGUUUCCAACAAUAGUAACAAC